CUAAGCCAUCGUGUUGCAGCUGGACCUGGGGUUAGGCAGGGGACUCCCUCCAUGUCUAUGAUGGGCUGGUCCAGAGAGCAGAGCGCCUCCUGCAGGCCCUGUCUCAUCAUAACAACAGGAGACCAACCCUGUUAGAAUCCAGUAGAGGACAGAUGAGUCUACAGUACCUGGCCCAACCACUCAGCCCUGGGCAUGGGUUCAACGCUACGUACCAGGUGAAAGGUUACUGUUUCCCUGGGGAACACCCGUGCGGAGAGGACCAGGGCUGUUACUCUGAGCGCCAGCGCUGUGACGGGUACUGGCACUGCCCUACGGGGCGCGACGAGGAGGACUGCCCGGUCUGCCAGGAGGGCGAGUACCCCUGUGAGGGGGGCAGCGGGGCCUGCUACCCUGCCUCGGAAAGAUGUAACAACCAGAAGAAGAACAUGCGCUGA